ACCGCGCCGCAAUAUUCCGGCAUUAACUUGUAUAUACGGCAGUUUCCCAAAUAAAAAACAACCAGAAUGUUCGUCGUACGUCGUAGUGCAUCCCGCCUGUACCCCGCUGGAAUCCAGCUGGCCAAGAUGAGCGGCAGCCAGGUGGGCGACCUGGGCAGUGGAGCCGGCAAGGGAGGCGGCGGCGGUGGCUCCAUCCGCGAGGCCGGAGGAGCCUUUGGCAAGCUGGAGGCUGCCCGCGAGGAGGAGUACUUCUACAAGAAGCAACGUGAGCAGCUGGAUCGCCUGAAGAACGACCAGAUCCACCAGGCUGAGUUCCACCACCAGCAGAUCAAGGAGCACGAGGAGGCCAUCCAGCGCCACAAGGAGUUCCUCGACAACCUCCACAAGUGAGCCGUGCUCAGUCGGGAGAAAGUGAUCACGCAGAUGCGAUAACUCGAGACAUUUACUUAAAUGCAUUUCACCCAAUUUUGUAUUUCCCCAAGUGCUCACUAUUUUGUACUAUUAACCAGUCAAAAAUGUUCAAUGUAUUUGAUAACCGCAUCAAUAAACUACCCAUUUUUUAAUGGA